UUAGGAAAAUAAUGAAGAAAAGCUAUCUGAAAAUCUGGAUUGACGAUAGUAGAUUGGAGUAAAUGGGGUUGAUGGGGAAGAUGGCAUGCUUUAAUUUUGUUGCAGUCAGAGGUUGGUGAAGGUGAAGAACUGCAGAGAGAGAGAGAGAGAGACUCAUGCGGAGCCUACAUGCAUCUAUCACUAUGGAAGCCCAUAUCCCACUGCGCCGCCUUGUUCAUCGACAAGAAGAAGAGCCGUCAGAGAGACGGAAGCGACUACUCCGACGAUUCAGGCAAGCAUCGCAAGCCCUCGAUACUCCGGCAACUCCAAGAGAGCAAGCUCCGUGAAGCCCUCGAAGAAGCCUCUGAGGAUGGCUCUCUCUUCAAAUCCCAAGAUGUCGACUCCGACGCCGCCGCCGGCUCUGAGGCGGCCGGUGGCGGCGACGGCUCCAUUGGCCGGUCUAGAUCUCUCGCCCGUCUCCACGCACAGAAGGAAUUCCUCCGUGCCACGGCCCGUGCAGUCGAUCGCACCUUCGAAUCCUUCGAUUCCAUCCCCGAGCUACAGGAAUGUUUCAAAAAGUAUAUCACCAUGUACCCCAAUUACCAGUUAUCAAAUCUCAUCGAUCAGCUCCGCGCAGAUGAGUACAGCCACCUAGAUGAGCCCAGCGCCAAGGUAUGCCUUGAUUACUGUGGCUUCGGCCUGUUUUCAUACCUUCAGAGCUUCGAGCAAUGGGACUCCUCUGCUUUUAGUCUUUCUGAGAUCACUGCAAACUUAAGCAACCAUGCCAUCUAUGGAGGUGCAGAGAAAGGCACAGCUGAGCAUGACAUCAAAACCAGAAUAAUGGAUUAUCUAAACAUCCCUGAGAAUGAGUAUGGCCUUGUGUUUACUGUCAGUCGAGGCUCUGCUUUUCGAUUGCUUGCAGAGUCUUAUCCUUUUCAAACCAACAAGAAGCUGCUCACGAUGUUUGAUCAUGAGAGCCAGUCUGUAAUUUGGAUGGCACAGAGUGCCAGGGAGAAGGGGGCAAAAGCUUACAAUGCGAGCUUCAAGUGGCCGACGCUUAAGGUGUGUAAUUCUGAACUGAGGAAACUGAUCUCUUGCAAGAAAAGGCGAAAAAAGGACUCGGCAGUGGGGCUUUUCGUGUUCCCGGUUCAGUCCAGAGUUAGUGGAGUCAAGUAUCCAUAUCAAUGGAUGGCCAUGGCUCAACAGAAUAAUUGGCAUGUUUUGCUUGAUGCUGGAUCUUUGGGUCCCAAGGACAUGGAUUCACUGGGAUUGUCCCUUUACCGUCCUGAUUUCAUAAUAACUUCAUUCUACAGGGUGUUUGGAUCAGACCCAACUGGUUUUGGUUGCCUACUUAUCAAGAAAUCAGUGAUGGGUUGUUUGCAGAACCAGAAUGGUGGCACUGGAUCAGGGAUGGUGAGAAUUUUACCUGUCUUCCCACAGUAUUUGAGUGAUUCUGUGGAUGGUUUGGAUGGUUUUGAUGCUUCUGAUAAAGACCAGAUUGAUGGCAUUGAGGAAUCGGCAAAGCCAGGUGCUAGCCGAGGUUCACAAAUGCCUGCUUUCUCUGGUGCAUUCACCUCAGCUCAAGUUAGAGAUGUGAUUGAAACUGAGAUGGAUCAGGAUAAUAGCUCUGACAGGGAUGGAGCUAGCACUAUCUUUGAAGAAUCAGAAAGUGUUUCACUUGGAGAGGUGAUGAAGAGCCCGGUUUUCAGCGAAGAUGACUCAUCUGACAAUUCUCUAUGGAUUGAUUUGGGCCAGAGCCCCUUUGGCUCGGACAAUUCAGGUCAGCUCAAUAGAGGCAAUAUGGGCUCUCCAAUACCACCUUCUUGGUUUUCUGGUAAGAAGAAUCAUAAGAGAGUGUCCCCAAAGUUGCCUUCAAAAAAGAGUCCGAUGCGCGAAGAUCAUGUGCUCUCUUUUGAUGCAGCAGUCUUAUCAGUUUCACAGGAUUUGGAAAGAAUUAAGGAAAACCAAGAAGAAAGGCCUCAUACCAAUGAGAUUCAGGAAGAGCCUGAUAAUGGGACUACUGGGCGGAGAGUGGUGAAGUUUUCUUCUGCCAAUGGAGGGAAAACUGACAACUCAAGCUCAGCCUUUGGGCAUCAAAACUUUCAUGAAAAUGGUUCAACAUCUGAAAUUUUCCAGGACCAAGGUACAAUGGGAAUUAAAGAAAGUGCCAUAAGAAGGGAAACAGAAGGUGAAUUCAGGUUAUUAGGUAGGAGGGAAGGAAACAAUACCAGGUUCAAUCAUGGCAGAUUCUUCGGCGUGGAAGAUAACGAGCACGUUGUUAGCAUGGGCCGGAGGGUCUCAUUCAGCGCGGAAGAUAUAAAACCUACAGAAAAGUUUGGUCUCAAUUUGGAUGCAGGGGAAGCUUCUGCUCAUAAUUUUGGUGAUGCUGAAGUUGCCAGUGGCAGUGACUAUGAGGAUGAUCAAGAGUGGAGUAGAAGAGAGCCUGAAAUAGUUUGCAGACAUAUUGAUCAUGUUAAUAUGAUGGGCCUAAACAAAACCACCUCAAGGCUUCGAUAUCUGGUCAAUUGGCUUGUGACCUCCUUGCUUCAUCUGCGAUUACCAACAUCAGAUGGGGAUGAUGGGGUGCCUCUUGUUCGCAUCUAUGGGCCAAAGAUCAAGUAUGAGAGGGGUGCAGCUGUGGCAUUUAAUGUCAGGAAUGUGCGUGGGGGUUUGAUACACCCUGAAACUGUCCAGAAGCUGGCUGAAAGAAAUGGCAUCUCGUUGGGAAUAGGUUUUCUUAGCCAUAUAAAGGUCAUUGACAAUGCAAAAGCACUUCAUGGAGCUGUUGAAUUGAGCGACCCAUCCCUGUGCGGCCCCGUAUCAAACGGUCGUCGGGACGGUAAGAAUGUCACUAUAAGAGUAGAGGUUGUUACUGCAUCUCUGGGAUUCCUCACAAAUUUUGUGGAUGUGUACAAGAUGUGGGCUUUUGUGGCCAGGUUUCUUGAUCCAGUAUUUGUUGAAAGUGAUGGUCUAUCAACUGUUGAUGAGAUAUCAGAGACAUAGAAACUUGAAGCAGAUUGCAGUUUCUUCUGUCUUUGUGACACUUUUUUUUUGCUCAGACCUUAGAUGCCACUAACUGCAGCAGAAGUUUGGAUGAUGCAGGAACUCCAAUUGAAUGCAGAGAACUUCAAUUUGAUUUGUCUAGUUCCCCCCCAUCUGGCUGUAGUGGUACAUCGCGCAUUCACUUUUGAAUUUAUUUAUUCUUGGCAAAUUUCCUAGUCAUGUAUCUUAUUAUAUCAUGUAGAGUUUGCUUAUGAAUUAUGAAUUGACUGUACAUCUGGUGGAGCUCUUUUUCCAUCAGUGAUAUUGUAAAUCUCAGACUAAACGAGCAGGAAACCAUUUCAGUCAUCAAUUAAGAUUUUCAUCAUUACAGAUCAA